CAGACGGGUGGAGGUGGAGUCUUUAGGUGGGGAGGGAGAAGAAAGGGGAGAGGAGGAAAACGGGGAAAGGCAGAUACAACAGAAACGGGGGGAGGACGGUGGAUGAUUUACGCUUUAAAAGUUGCCUUACAACACAUUUAAGAGUUGCGGCGAAGAGGAAUAAAACAAGAUGAUAACGCCCUACUUCCUAGAGAAUUUCUGGGGUGAAAAAAACAAUGGCUUUGAUGUGCUCUACCAUAACAUGAAGCAUGGCCAGAUUUCCUCCAAGGAGCUGACGGACUUCAUCAGAGAAAGGAGUACUAUUGAAGAGGCGUAUGCCAGGUCUAUGACCAAACUUGCCAAGUCAGCGGGCAACUUUUCUCAGCUCGGGACUUUUGCUCCGGUGUGGGAUGUGGUCAAGACGUCAACAGAGAAGCUUGCCAGCUGUCACAUGGAGCUGGUGAGGAAACUACAGGAACUUAUAAAAGAGGUCCAGAAGUAUGUGGAGGAGCAGGCCAAAGCACACAAAAAGACAAAAGAAGAGGUGGCUUCCACCCUUGAGGCUGUGCAGAACAUCCAGACCACCUCUCAGGCUCUGCAGAAGUCCAAGGAGAUCUACAAUGCCAAAACCGUGGAGCAGGAGCGCCUCCGCAAAGAGGGGGCCACCCAGAGAGAUGUGGACAAGGCUGGAGUGAAAGCCAAAAAGGCCACGGAGACCUACAAGUCAUACGUGGAGAAAUAUGCCGCCGCCAAGUCAGAGUUUGAACAGAAGAUGGCAGAAACAGCACAGAAAUUCCAAGACAUUGAAGAAAACCACACUCUCCACAUGAAGGAGAUCAUCCAGUCAUACUCGCAGUCCGUCGACGAAACACACGUUCAAAUAGGAGAGGUCCAGAAUGAAUUUGUGAGGAACGUUGAGAACACCUCAGUGGAGAGUUUAAUACAGAAGCUGGCCGAGAGCAAAGGAACGGGCAAGGAGAGACCAGGACCCAUUGAGUUUGAGGAGUGCAAUACAGCUAUUGCUACUGAAGGUGCCAAACCAAGAAAGAGAAAACCAUUCGGCAUCCCAGGUCGAAGGAAAGAUAAGGAUACAGACUCGACGGAGUCUACAGAAGUGGAAGCUGCUAACACUGCCAAUGGAGCUCCCCCUGGGUACUAUGGGGCCAUAGACAUCCAGAACGCUAACGUUCCCCAAGUUGAUGCAGAGGGCUUCUGCAUCAGACCGGAAGGAAAUGAGAACGAUGCCAAAGAGAAUUCCUUUUAUUCGUCCAGCGACUCGGAGGACGAAGAUGAACCCAGGAAGUUCCACGUAGAAAUUAAGCCCGUUCUGCCAAACAACGGCACGCACCAGAACAGAGCCACCAUCGACGAGCUUAAAGCCUCCAUCGGAAACAUCAGCCUGUCUCCUUCGACCUCGGGACAGAUGCGGAGGAACCAGUCCAGGAACACAGGAGUGUCUGCAUUAAGCUCUAAGGCUCAGGGUCCGGGUGAUGAGCUGGCAAAACCCAGAGUGCCAACACCAUACGAACUCACCAACAACGACCUUCUGUCUCUGGACCCGUUCGGCCCGACCCUUGCACCAGGCUCCUCUUCGUCUGUGUCUUCAUCAACAGUGCCUUUACCAAAUCGACCAACCACCCCCCUCACAGCUGGAGCCCUGGUGCCCCCACCCCGACCCUCUUCCAGGCCCAAACUCCCCACAGGGAAACUCACAGGAAUCAAUGAGAUUGUACGGCCGUUCAGCCCACCCAAGACCUCCAAUGCCAGCCCCCCUCCCGCUGCGCCCCUUGCCCGGGCGGAGAGCUCCUCCUCUUUGUCCUCGAAUGCCUCACUCAGUGCCGGCAACACCCCCUCUGUUGGAACGUCUCGCGGCCCCAGCCCUGUGACCCUGGCGUCCCAAGAUGCUUUGCCCAUUGCCGUGGCCUUCACAGAAUCGGUUAAUGCUUACUUCAAAGGCGCUGAUCCCACUAAGUGCAUUGUGAAGAUCACAGGAGACAUGACCUUGUCGUUCCCCAUGGGCAUCAUCAAGGUGUUCACCUCCAACCCCUCCCCCGCCGUGCUCACCUUCAAACUGAAGAACACCAGCAGGCUGGAGCAGAUCCUCCCCAACCAACAGCUGCUGUACAGUGAUCCUUCCCAAAGUGACUCAAAUUCCAAGGACUUCUGGUUCAACAUGCAAGCGCUGACGUCCUACCUCAGAAAAGCCUCAGAUCAGAAUCCCACAGCUUCCUAUUACAACGUGGACAUCCUAAAAUACCAGGUGCAGUCAGACGGGAUCCAUUCCACUCCGCUCAACCUGGCCGUGUACUGGAAGUGCACGCCGAGCACAUCCGACCUGCGGGUGGACUACCGCUACAACCCCGAGUCCAUGGCCCACCCCGGACCCCUGUCCAACGUCCAGAUCCUAGUGCCUGUGGACGGGGGGGUCACCAACAUGCACUCCCUGCCCAACUCCAUCUGGAAUGCAGAGCAGAAUAAGUGUCUGUGGAAGCUGAGUGACAUCUCGGAAAAGUCUGAAAAUGAAGGUGCCGGGUCCCUGAGGGCCAAGUUUGAACUGUCAGACGGACCCUCGAGCUUCUCCACCCUGGCAGUGCAGUUUAUGAGUGAGGGGAGCACCCUGUCAGGGGCGGACAUGGAGCUGGUGGGGGCGGGGUACAGACUGUCUCUCAACAAGAAGAGGUUUGCUACAGGACGUUAUAUGGCCGAUUGCUGAGGGGACCCAACACUCAAGAAAUCAAAUGUUGUCAGACACAAACGGCUUCCUGAACCUCUGGAUCCAUCUUUUGCCCGGGAGGCGAGAAUCUCACUACAAUAAAACAGCACUGAGUAUUGAACACUGUUUAAAAAAAAAAGAAUAAAAGAAGACGAGCUUUCAGGAAAUGUGUAGAUAUGAAGUCUAAUAAUGCUUCUGAUCAACUCACUUUUGUAUAGUCAGAAACAAUUUAUGAAUUAGAUAUAAAUCUAUAUUGUAUUUGAAAUCAGAAAAAAAAAAGUGCACUAACAAUCUUUAACAUGCUCUUCUUCCUCUUAUAGUCAUUUCUCAAGAGUCUAUAGGGAAUAUAAAACAAAACCAUGUCUGCGUGGAAGAAAAGAAUCUGCUCUUUCCUCUUUUCUGUGAACUGUAAAUAUUAACUCUGAUUAUUCUGCUCGACCAGCUCUGACUCAACGCUCAAAUCAGUUCUGUUUACUGAGUCUUUCUCUUUCCAUGAUUUGUCUUUUUCUCAUCACGUGCAAUGAAGCAAUGAAGGUAUAAUCUCUCUUCAACACACACUCACACUAUGGCACAAGCUUGAUUUCUUCAAAUAACAAGUGCUUUUUAACAAAUGCAGAAAAUCUGACCUCAGUGCCUCCUCUUAUUCUGUGGAUCAAAAGGCAAAAAACGUGCGUCAAUGAUUGACCCACAUGUGGGUAGGUUUGAAUCGCCCCUAGUGGGGUCUGUGAUCAGUGGGAUCUUUUUAAAAUUCUAUAUGUUUCCCCUUUCAGUCAUGGCUUAUAUUUUUACAAUUCUUAAGCCCUUCAUUUUUAUACUUUUUGACUGUAAAACAUUGUGUCAAAUGUCAGUUGCUUUAAAAGAAACGAAAUCAAGAGAGAUUACCCUAAAUAACCUGCAGCCUUUUUUUAAACUGGUGUUUUUUUUAUCAAACUUUGGUGCCCUAUUAAUGGAGAAAUGUGCCUGAAUCUAACUUUUCUCUCAUCUUGUUUGUAUACUACAACACAGUCAAUGAGAAUAGCACCAACAAUGUGCCAGUUUCUUUUUUUACUUCUACUAUUUGGAUGUUGAAGGGAAAAUCUCCUCUUUUUACAACUGUAGCAAUGAAUGAGUCACAUUGGCCUUAUUUGAUUGAAUUGAAUCAUCAAACUGUUUUAUAGCUUGUAUGUUUUCUAUUCAACACUCGUCUGUUGACUUUUAUCCCUCUCUCACAAUGUAAGUGAGUAGAAGCACAAUAAGGCCAAAGUAAUGAUGCAAAUGCCUUAAUCACAACGUGUUGACGCUGAGUGUUGUUGACUGUGGUUAGAUAUUGUGACACAGUACUGCUAUUGACCUGUGAUACAUUACUGGCCUGCCUUUCACCCAGUGCAUGCUGGGAGAAGCCUCUUUUAACUAUAAACAGCACAAGCGGGUAUAGAAAAUGGAUGGAUGGAUGAAAAUGACCAUGUUUGACUCUCGGUGCUUCAUUUCUGUCUUUUACUAAUGAAGGUUGCUGUAGAGGCUGCUGUACUUCUUGGUGGAGUACUUUUAUGUAUUUCAUUGUCCAAACCAUGUAAUGAUCCUUUAAUUGGUUCAAAUGCUGGUAUGUGUGGAGAUGUAGUCGGUUACGUGGAAGCUGUGAUUCAAAAUUGAUGACACUUUUUAGGGCAGGGGUUUCUAACACUGUGCCUCAUUUGGCCAACUGACCUCUUGGAUAGGAUUUUAGAAAAUAACUUUUCACAUCAGGCUUUUUUUUAACCGUCAGCCAUAGAAAAGGCUCAAUAUGGCAGGUCAUUUAAGCUCAUAUCCAUACUUGAUUCAUCCUUUGUCAAAUGAUCAUUUAUUUGAUUCCAUUCUUCAUAUCAUUACCAGCUUUGUACAACUCUGGAACACGAUUCAAGCCUUUAUUCAUAUUCUAGAGGCAAACAAUAAUCCUUAAGUGGCUGAUGGAAACAUCCAUUUAAGUCUGUUAUGCUGAAGUGUUGUGUCACUCUGAACUUUAACCAGGUGUUCCAAACGAAUGAGUUCACACCAUCGUAGCACCAGACAUUUGUACAGUGAGACAUCAGCAUGUAGCUCUGCGUUUCCCUUUAUAAAGUAUACCUGUGGUUUUUAUCAGAACAGCCAAAUGCAUACAAACAACAAGUCAACAGAUUUCAUGUUCAGUAUUAGCAAGCUGGUUCUUGCUCUCCUAACGAAAAGUACAAAACAAAGUAAAGAGGCUCCUUUUUUCCUCACUUUCACAUCCUUUCUUUCUUUAUAUGUUGUAUUGGACAGAGUUUAAAGAGAGCAUUAUUGUGUAAAUGAUUCUCAUAAAUUGUACAUUUUUACCAAUAUCUCAGCCACUUUCUGUCUCAACUUUAUGAUUGCUCAUUGUGCCUGUAUUAAAUGUGUAAUAUAUGAAUAUAUACAAAUAUAUUAAAAUGACUAAGGGUG